CCAGGCUCCUUCUCUUCCUGAAAUAGAACCAACAGUUUCAUCCACCUUGGUGCGUAGCGUUUCUCCUCUCGCAAUGCCUCCGUCAUGGCUGACCGUAUACGCAAGCGAAAGAACCGAGACGGUUCUAGCACCCAGCGCCGCCGUCGUCUUGCCGAGUUCUCGUCCUCGUCCGGAUUCCUCAUGCCUAAGUGCUCUUACUGCCACGAACACGGGCUUGAUUGCCAUGUGUCCGGUACCUCGAAUCGCUGUGGUCCUUGCAACCGGGUAAACCGCCCAUCGUGCGAUGUCUGGGGCCUCGACCCCGGCACUUGUAGGGUUCUCCUUGGGCGAUCGUUGGCGGUGGGUUGACGCUUCUUAGUUCGUUCGUUUCUUUCGGAGAAAGACAAGCUUGAUCGUGAAGAAGAGGAAACGCUAGCGAAGUUGCUUCGUCUUCGCAAGCAGAAGCGGGCCUUGGAGGAACGAGUGAAGAAGGCGGUAUCUCGCGAGCUUCGGGAUAUU